AAUAAUGUUUAAAACACAGUAAUUAUUUAUUUCUUUGAAAACCAUUUUUGAAAGUAUUUCAUAUUUAAUAUUAACUAUUCUUACAAUUAAAAGCGCCACAAAUUAAUGAUUCCUUGACAAUACAGAAACAUGGGUCGGAGGCAAGAAAAGGGUAAUCGAAACGAAAGGGGGCAGAUGGAUGUAACAAGUGAAUCAGACACCAGUUAUGCCAAUAGAAAAAGAAGAUAUGUCAAAAACAAGCAUUCCACGAUUUGCACUUUGAUUCCGACUCCAAGAUCUUGUUUUAGGGGCCCUCGAAAAACAGAAAUGUGUUCUAAGCACAAAAGAAAUGCAAAAAAUUCAACGAACAAUACUACUUACAGACCUAAAGAUAGUUAUGAAGAUGAAAGUCUCUAUGAAAACCAUGAAAGUCCAAAAGGAAAGUCUCAAAGUUGUCAUCAGUGUACAAAGUCAAAAUUUUCUUCAAAGGGCAGAACCCACAAACAAUUUGAUAACUAUGAUAAUUCAGAAAUAAGUAGAGAAGAUUUGGAGUCAAAUGAAGAAUCUUUUGAUCAUCUUAAUGACUGUGAUAAAGGGAAAUCUCUUUUAAAGAAGUAUGGAAAUGUAUUUGAUAAAUGUAUAGCAGAGGAGUUUGAGGAAUUGGUGAAGUGUGAAAAGUGCAAAGAAGAGACACAAAGGAAAAAUGACAGUAAAAUGUACUUGAAAAAUACAAGAGCAACCCAGGCAAACAAAUUGACAAAGGAACAGCUAAAAUUAAUUGCGAUGGACAAACCCCCACUAGAUAAGCUAAGCGAAAUACCACUUAAGUACUUAAAACCGAGGCCUCCAUCACACUACAGGCAAAAUGAAAAGCCUAAAUCAGUAUUGGCAAAAAACUGCUUUCCUGAAGCGAACUUCGAACAAUUUGUUCAAAGUAUAACUGAAAGAGCGCAUUCCGUACAAAAUAAGGGUGAAUCCAUCAUGGAAGAUGAUUGGUUUGAACCAGGCCUUGCCUCGGUGAAAAAAAAGUCAGAACCCCAGCCUUAUUUACACCCAAAUGUCGAGAAACUCUUUUCCAAGGAUACUACGAAGAAAGUUUUGAACACCUUAGAUGAAAAAUCUGUCAGCACUCAGACAGACAUCAAAUGGGAAAAUAUCCUGCAAAGCACGCUAUUCUAUGAGAUGGAUUUGGAAAGAAAGGCGCCGUUUGUUUUUGACCUGCAUAAGUUACAAAAUGACAACUGGAGAGAAGCUUUAGCACAGCAAGAAGUACCUGAUCGCGUCCCUGUAAAUCCUCUUUUGUCGUACAACUUAAAAAGAAAAGGAUUACAUGACAUAUGUCUUUGCUGUUCUGGUGUUCCUCUUGAAAAACAUCACGUUUCUGACAAAUGUAUCAAUACGGACCCGUUAACUGAAAAGAGGGUAACAUUCGGAAAAUGCACUGUAAUGAAUACUUUCACAAAUGAGAGUGAUGAUACAGAUGAGCAUGCAGAGCCAUCAACCCAAUUUGUUAAUAAAGCAACAGAACAAACAGACACAUUAGAUAAAAAACAAAACUUGGGUAAGGGUGGAGGUGAUACAUUAUGUCAAAAUUCAAACUUGAAUAAACAAACUCCUUCGCCUUCAAAAAGUGACAAGGACAUUUACGAAUCUGCGUUGAAAGGUGAACUUAAACAAGGAGAUUAUUUAACAUGCUUAAAAAUCAUCGAUAACAUAACAUGUGCUAUGUUGGAGCUUGACUUCAACGACAGUUUAAAACUGGCUGCAGGUGGGGAUCACCUAAAGCAAAUGCAGAAGUUGAGGGAAGAUCACUUAAAACACAUACAAAAAGAAGUACACCACUUAGAAGAACUUGAUAAGUUCCUUAAGAAAUUCUCAACUCAAGACAGUGACAGUUAGGAGGAAGCCAAAGACAUUUUUCAAAUUCCUCAAAUCCCAUGUCUUUCACCCUCCUUGUAGGAAAUAGGUGGUGGAAAUAGGUGCAGAAGGGGAAAUAAACUUUUGUACAGUA